GAGAGGCCGCGGCCGCCAUGGGCGCCCCGGUGAGACGGGGCUGAGCCCCCCGGACCCCUUUCCCUGCCCUGGGCCUGCCCGGGCCUCUGCUGCUCGGAGCGAGUGACUGAGCGCGGCUUUCUUGGCGUGCGGGCCUGCGCCCCGCUCCCUCCGCGCGUCCCGGCCCCUUUCCUUCCCCUCUCCGGGCCGGCCCCGCUCGCUCUCCAUCGCCGGCAGCAACUGCAGCGGCGAAGCACCGGCGUCCCCCGCUCGGGGGCCUCCCCGGUGCUCGGGCUUUCUCUUCCCUCGCUGUCCCCCGCUCCAACCCAGCGUUCCCGGUGCUCCAUGUCGGCCCCGCUGCCUGGCUCCCCGCUGCAGGAUGGAUGCAGACGCUGACCGGGGAUCCACCCCGCCGGCCCAGCCUCCCAGCUCCGCCGCGAGGAGCCCUUGGGACCCUCCUGUGUUGCAGCUGCAACGGCAGCCGCGGCCGGGCGCGCUCCCCGCUCAGUGACCGGCCCUUGUCUCGCCUCCCGCCGCCGCCUCGCCGCAGCCGCGCUCCCCCGGGGCACCAUGUCGGGGGACGCCGCCGGCAGCGGACCCCCGAGCCCGCGCUUCCUGGUGCCGCCACCGCCGCCGCCCAAGAAUGGUUCCAGCUCGGACAGCUCCGUCGGAGACAAGCUGGGAGCCGCCGAGCACGGAGCCGCCGGCGCCGCUGGAGCGGGCGGCGGACCGGGGAACGGAGGCCGCAGUGAGGAGUACCGGCGCCGCCGCCACACCAUGGACAAGGACAGCCGAGGGGCGGCAGCCACUGAGCACCGCUUCUUCCGCCGGAGCGUAAUCUGCGACUCGAACGCCACGGCCUUGGAGCUGCCCGGCUUGCAGCCGGCAGCGCCCUCGGCCCCUGUCUCGGGAGGCAGCGCGGCUCCCUCGGUGUUCCCCCCCGAGGGUGCCAGCCGGACCCCUUACGCCCCUGUCACCGUCUCCGAGACCGACUCGCGGCCGCCGCCGCCCGCCCCGCUCCCCCUGGAAGGACAGACUGCUGAGGAGCCCCCAGCCGCCAAGGAUGCCGCCCCGCUGCUGCCCAAGGAGGAGGAGGAGGGAGAUGAGGCAACUGCGUUACCCCCUACCAGUGCCGCUGGCAGCCUGUCAGCUGCCAGCCGGGAAUUUGAGGAGCGGAGAGCACAGCAGGAAGACAUCGAAGAGCUUGAGACCAAGGCAGUGGGCAUCUCCCCGGAUGGUCGCUUCCUCAAGUUUGACAUCGAGAUUGGAAGAGGCUCUUUCAAAACUGUGUAUAAAGGACUGGAUACUGAAACCACUGUGGAAGUUGCCUGGUGUGAGCUACAGGAUCGGAAGCUGUCCAAGUCAGAGCGGCAAAGAUUUAAAGAGGAAGCUGGGAUGCUGAAAGGGCUUCAGCACCCCAAUAUUGUCAGGUUCUAUGAUUCCUGGGAGUCUACAGUCAAAGGAAAAAAGUGCAUUGUUCUUGUGACGGAACUCAUGACGUCUGGAACAUUAAAAACGUAUUUGAAAAGAUUUAAAGUGAUGAAAAUUAAAGUACUACGAAGCUGGUGCCGUCAGAUACUGAAAGGCUUGCAAUUUCUACACACACGCACUCCUCCCAUCAUUCAUAGAGACUUAAAAUGUGACAACAUCUUCAUUACUGGCCCCACUGGAUCAGUCAAGAUUGGAGACCUUGGUCUGGCAACCCUGAAACGAGCUUCUUUUGCCAAAAGUGUGAUAGGUACCCCAGAGUUCAUGGCCCCCGAGAUGUAUGAGGAGAAAUAUGAUGAGUCCGUUGAUGUGUAUGCUUUUGGGAUGUGUAUGCUAGAGAUGGCCACGUCUGAAUAUCCUUAUUCCGAGUGCCAAAAUGCCGCGCAGAUCUACCGCCGAGUGACCAGUGGUGUCAAGCCAGCCAGCUUUGAUAAAGUAGCAAUCCCUGAAGUGAAGGAGAUUAUUGAGGGAUGCAUUCGGCAAAACAAGGGCGAAAGAUAUGCUAUUAAGGACCUUUUGAAUCAUGCUUUCUUCCAAGAAGAGACUGGAGUACGGGUAGAACUUGCAGAGGAAGAUGAUGGAGAAAAAAUCGCCAUUAAACUCUGGCUGCGAAUCGAAGACAUCAAAAAACUCAAGGGCAAAUAUAAAGAUAAUGAGGCAAUAGAGUUUUCAUUUGAUUUGGAAAGAGAUGUCCCAGAGGAUGUGGCACAGGAAAUGGUGGAGUCUGGCUAUGUCUGUGAAGGGGAUCACAAGACAAUGGCGAAGGCUAUCAAGGACAGGGUAUCUUUGAUUAAGCGCAAGCGAGAGCAGCGCCAGUCGGUGCAAGAAGAACAGGAGAAUAUACUUCAGGAAGAAGGUAGUCAGAAGCAGCAGCUGGAGCAACAGCAGCCAUCAAGUACUUCCCAUGCAGGGUCAAAGCAUCCCCAGUCUGUCACUGGUACUACUCCUGUCCCCGCUGCUUCAGCAUCGGUUUCUACACAAGUGGAGCCUGAAGAGCCGGAAGCUGAUCAACACCAACAGCUGCAGUUCCAGCAACCCAGUAUAUCUGUUCUUUCUGAUGGAACAGUUGACAGUGGCCAGGGGUCAUCUGUGUACACUGAAUCUGUGAGCAGUCAGCAGGCUGUGUCCUAUGGUUCCCAGCAUGACCAGUCAGGCUCAAACACUGGAGUCCAGGGAUACCCCGCUUCAGUUGGCCAAGUGCAGUCCCAGCAGCAUGGAGGAUAUCAGCCACCUGCAGCGCUUCAACGUGGUCGUAGCAUGUCAGUUUGUGUCCCCCACCUUCCUGCUCUUCCCUGUAUGUCCUGCAUCCCUCUCAGUGCUCCUUGCACCCCACCACCAGUGCUGUCUGCACCUCUUUCUCCUUUCUGCCUUCGGACUGUCCCUGAAGAAACCUUUGCAGAAAAGCUUUCUAAAGCCCUGGAAAGUGUCCUGCCCAUGCACUCUGCCUCUCCACGCAAGCAUCGACGCUCCAGCCUGCCCUCCCUCUCUGUCAGUCCUCCUCAGCAUCCUCGUGGGGGAACACCACCGUUCCCAGAUUCCCAGAUAUUUUUCCCAAACGUUCAUGAACGGCCGGUGUCUUUCUCGCCACCACCUGUCUGCCCGCCGAAGGUGGCAAUUGCUCAGCGGCGCAAGAGCACUUCAUUUUUGGAAGCCCAAACUUGCCACUUCCAGCCAUUGCUGAAGACUGGCCAGAGUUUAGUUCCACCUGGUGGUAGUCCCACCAAUUGGACUCCAGAGGCGUUUGUUAUGCUGGGCACAGCAGCUCAGAGAGUCGCUGGAGAGCCUCUGCAUGUGCAAGUUAAUCCUGUGUUUGAGCAAGCUCCUGUCCACAGUGACUAUAGAUCUGGACCAACACCUCCAGAGGAUGCUCACUACAGGAUGCAUCCAGAAGCUGUGUAUUUGGUGGGCAUGCACUAUCCAUCACAGACACAGGUGCAAGGCCAGCCAGCCUCAAGCAAUGCAUCAGUGCCAUCCCAGCCUACUCAACACACUCAGCAGAGUGCACAGCAGCCACCCUCUUCCCAACAGCCUGGACAAUACCAGGUGCAGCAACCCUCAGUUUCUGCCAGCACCACUCCUGCACAAACCGUCUCUCAAACUCAAACUUCACAGAUCAUGCCAAUGCCUCAGGCAGCAGCUGGGACACAGCUUCCUGUUUCCCAACCAGUGUCGAUCAUCCAAGGCGAACCUCAAUUACCUGUUGCAGCAUCUUCUCUCCCUCAGCCUUCAGUUGCCCCAUCAGUCCCCAUUGGCUCUCAUUUCCUACCUGUGGGACAGGCCUUGCCAACUUCCGUGGUUCCCCAGUUCCCAGUGUCUCAGUUGCCUGUAGCAGCUCCUCAUGUGACAGUGGCUCAGCCAGGUUUCCAGUCACUGCCCAUUUCAAUGGCAGCUGGCAUGAAUCAGCCACUGCUCACGCUGGCCACGUCUGCUGCGGCAGCUGCUGUUCCUGUAGGACCAAGCCUUGUCCCUAGCCAGCUUCCCACACUGAUGCAGCCUGUGGCUCAGCUGCCCAGCCAGGUUCUCCCACAGCUCCUGCAGCCGACUGUCCAGGCCGUGGGACUGCCAGUCAGCAUUGGACAAGCUGCUGAAGCUUCACUUCCUGCUGGAGAUGCUCUUUACCAGGGCUUCCCACCUCGGCUGGCACUGCAAUACGCAGGGGACUCGAACGUUGCACCUUCCUCAGCUGUGGCCUCUGCCAGCAUUCCUUCUGCUGUGCUGUCCCCUCCCUUGCCCACAGAUGCAAUGGCCCAGUCAGGCUACCUUGCUCCUGUUGUGCAGCCAUACGGGGAACAGAAUGUUUUAGUUUCCAUGGGCAGCCUGGGAGGACAGGUUCAGGUGCCCCAGCCUCCUGUGAGUUUAGCACAACAGGCCUCAUCUGCCUCCUCACAGCAGGCAGUCGUGGAGGGUACUCAGGGAGUCUCACAGACUGCUUCUUCAGAGACUCUUCCAGUGACACAGCCUGCUCAGUCUACCCCUUUGGCUUCUUCUAUGGAUAGUGCACAUUCUGAUGUUGCUUCGGGAUUGAGUGAUGGCAAUGAGAAUGUCCCAACUUCUAGUGGAAGGCACGAGGGGAGGACAACGAAGCGUCACAUGCGCAGGUCUGUCCGCAGCCGCUCUCGCCAUGAGAAGACUUCCAGGCCGAAACUGAGAAUUCUAAAUGUUUCAAACAAAGGUGAUCGGGUAGUGGAAUGCCAGCUAGAGACGCACAAUCGGAAAAUGGUUACUUUCAAAUUUGAUUUGGAUGGUGAUAACCCUGAGGAAAUAGCUACAAUUAUGGUGCAGAAUGAGUUUAUUUUAGCAACAGAGCGAGACUCAUUUGUAGAACAGGUACGAGAGAUUAUUGAGAAAGCAGAUGAAAUGCUAAGUGAGGAUGCAAGCGUGGAGCCAGAAGGGGAUCAGGGCUUGGAGAGUAUGAGGACAAAAGAUGACGGCUUCUUCCCAGGGUCACAGAAAUUAGAGUUCAAACAGCCAGAUCCUACAUCUUCCAUGCCACAAAGAAUAGGGGUUCCCUCUAGCUCCUUUACCCAGGUUGUUCAUUCUGCGGGAAGACGGUUCAUUGUCAGCCCCGUCCCUGAAAGCCGGUUGAAAGAACAGGGCUUUUUCACAUCUGCUACUGGAGGGAAUGAAACUUCAGAUAUGGUUGCAGCAUCUCCUGUGCAUGGUCCUGGAAUGAAUCUCUCCCACUCAGCAUCAUCCCUGAGCUUGCAGCAAGCUUUCUCUGAGAUGGGGCAUGCUCAGAUGACAGAAGGACCUAGCACAGCUCCUCCAGUGUUCAACCAAACAGUACCACCAUUUCCACCUGCGCUUUCUACCAUGGCAGGCAGUGGUGCAACUCCUGCAUCUGUGGCUACUUCUUCAGUAUCUGUUUCCUCCAGCACUGGUGUUUCUCUUCCAGGAUCUGUUACUUUGCCUUCAGAAAAUGCAGCUCUUGGAGUUGCACCAAGCACAAGUGUGCCAAGCUCUAUUUCUCCACCUCCAGCCUCACAAUCUGGACAGCAACUGACGGGUGUCGCUUCCAGCGUGAGUGCCCCUGCUCCUUUCUCCUUAUCUACCACCUCCCAACCUGCCCAACCAGUGACUGCAGACAUUGCUCCCAGUAUCAGCACACCAUCGUCUUCAGCACUGCCAUCUGCCCAGGUUCCUGCUGUCACUGCUUUCGGUGCUGCUGCACCAGCUGUGACAUGUCAGUCUACUCCACAGAUCGGGAGUAGUAUGGCAGCACCACAGACGUCUGUUGCCCCGUCUCUGGCUCAGAACGUGGCUUUGCAGCUUCCCCAGCUCAGCAGCAGUGGCUCUGUGUCCAGUCUGGCAGAAACAACAGUUGUCAGCGCUCCACAGUCACUACCUGAGAGUGGGAACUCUCUGGAUAAAUCCCAUCCCUGCAAUGCAGCUGGCUUAUCUCUUCCAAUCUCUGCACCUUUAUCAUCCUCGGUCGCAUCAAGCAUAUGUGGUUCAGUCUCUCAGCCAGUGAUCCAUCCCUUACUUGUUCCAUCAGGAAUUACAUCAACACCUGUCCUUCCCCAGAUUUCAGGUGCAACACCCAUGUUGCCCCAGGUUCCCUUACCUGGUGUCUUGCCACAACCAGUCACUAACUUGCCUGCAGUACAGCAGACUUUGAUCCACAGCCAGCCUCAACCAGCUCCAUUGCCCAACCAGCCUCACGUUCACUGUCUGGAGGCAGAUGCUGAUGCUCAGUCUAAAGCCCCUGGUAUUGAUGAUAUAAAGACCCUGGAAGAAAAGCUACGGUCUCUCUUCAGUGAGCACAGUAACGUGGGCACGGUGCAUCCCUCAGUGUCUCUGGAGACCUCUCUGGUGAUGGAAACAACAGUUGUUCCUGGCAUCCCAACCACUGCUGUUGCACCAACCAAGCCCCUGACAUCCAUUAGCACUUGUAUACCUCCAAGCAGUUUGCCUCUUGGACCAACUGGCUUGCCAGUGCUGACUCCAGUUGCCACUCCUGGGCAAGUGAUCACCCCAGCCAGCUACGUGUCAGCCUCGAGCAGCAUCCCCACAGCAGCAGUGAAAGCAGGGACCUCUCCUUCAAAGCCCCCUCUCAGCAGGGUACCGGUGCUACCAGUAGGUUCUGACCUUCCAGCUGGCACUCCAUCCAGUGAGCAGCUGCCACCUUUUCCAGGACCUUCACUAACUCAGUCCCAACAGCCACUGGAAGAUCUGGAUGCUCAACUGAGAAGAACCCUUAGUCCAGAGACCGUCCCAGUGACAUCUGCUCCUGCCUGUUCUGUGCCCUCAGUAGCAUCAACAACGGUUACUGGGCCAGUGUCCACAGCAACUCAGCCUCUGAAGGAUGUUUUGGCAGCAGGUGAUGGAGAGAGCAGUGCUGUGGCUGCAGCAGGAGCCAGUGUGCUGAAGAUGGGACGGUUUCAGGUAUCUGUGGCAGUGGAUGAUGUGCUAAAAGAAGGUGACAAACCUGAUACAAAGCCAGUGCAAUUUGAAACCACCUCCACUGAUUCUUCAAGCCUUUCUGGCAGCAGCCCAGAGAGCACACUGGUGAAGCAGGCUGAGAGCAGGAAGAGCGGGGCCGUGGCUGCCACCUCCUUGGAUGUGGUGGAUGGCAUUCCAGAGGCAGCUCCUGGGCUGUCACUGCCAGGAGAUGCUGCUCAGGCCACCAAGGUCGGGCGCUUCCAGGUGACAACAACCACGGAUCAAGUGGGGCGCUUCUCCGUGCUCAAGGCUCAGGAUGAGGUCAGCUGUGCCGAGAAAGAGCCAAUGACUCUUCCUCUUUCUGUGGGCUUGGAACAAGUUGCUGCUUCAGCUGCUGCUCCGAAGAAAGAGUUGGAGUCAAGGCAGUCCCCACACAUGAAUGGUCCAUCCUCUGAUCCAGAGGCUGCCUUUCUAAGUGGGAUGGCUAAGGAUUUGGAUGAUGGCUCAGGGAGCCCAGACUCUGUCCAGCACCUGGGAUCGAAGAUCAGCCUCCCUGUUCAGAGCCUUAGCAACUCCUUCAACUCUUCCUACAUGAGCAGUGACAAUGAGUCGGAUAUUGAAGAUGAAGACUUGAAGUUGGAGCUCCGUCGGUUACGGGAGAAGCACCUUAAAGAGAUCCAGGAGCUGCAGAGCCGCCAGAAGCAGGAGAUUGAGUCACUCUACAUGAAACUGGGAAAGGCCCCACCUGCAGUAAUUAUUCCCCCAGCUGCACCCCUUUCAGGAAGAAGGAGACGACCUACGAAAGGAAAAAGCAGCAAGUCCAGUCGUAGCAGCUCCCAGGGACAUAAAAGCCCUCAGCUAUCAGGCAACCUGUCAGCUCAAAGUGCACCAUCAGUCUUGCCCCCUCAGCAGACCCUUCAUCCUCCUGGCAGUGUGCCAGAGACAAGGCAGAACCAUUUGUUACAGCCCCUCAAACCUUCACCUUCCAGUGAAAAUCUCUACUCUGCCUUCACCAGUGAUGGUGCCCUCUCGGUACCGAGCCUUUCGGCGCCAGGCCAAGGCUGUGCGAAGUUUAACUGUGCGUCUGAGAGAGUGACCUUCAAGCCUGGUGGCAGGAGGACCCGAUUUCUGAGGAAGAUGGUGAAAAAAGUCUGUCCUUGCAACCAGCUCUGUAGGACCAGCAGCACCAACACAGUGGGGGCUGCAGUGAACAGCCAGGCCCCCCAGACCCAGCCCACGGCCAUCGCCUCGAGCCGCAAGGGCACCUUCACGGAUGACCUGCACAAGCUGGUGGAUAACUGGGCCAGGGACGCCAUGAACCUGUCUGGCAAGAAAGUUGGCAAAGGGCACAGCAGCUACGAGGGCCCUGGAAUGGCAAGAAAAUUCUCGGCACCAGGUCAGCUCUGUAUCUCUAUGACAUCUUCCCUGGGUGCUACGCCCAUCCCUGCAGCAUCAGCUACCUCUUUAGGUCCCUUCAGCAAGGCCAUGUGCCCCCCCCAGCAGUACGGUUACCCGGCAGCGUCCUUCCCCCCGCCCUGGAGCGGGGCAGGGGGGCCAGCACAGCCUCAGCUCGGCCAGUUCCAGCCCGUGGGUGCCACGUCUUUGCAGAGCUUCAACAUCAGCAAUUUGCAGAAGUCGGUCAGCAACCCUCCAGGCUCCAACCUGCGGACCACUUAGCCACGCUCGGAGACCCUGCUGGCUACACCUCGGGACAGGACAUGGGGAGGGAGAUGGGCCCUGUAUCAACUACUAGUGCUGCAAUGAACUGGUAGCUUGCCAGACUGGGAAUGAAUUUCUCUUUUCCUACCAUUGCUGUCAACUCUGUAGCGGGAGUUUCCCCACACACCUGGAAGGGGGAGGAGGAUGAUCAGCAUCCUUGUGAUGGGACAGUGCUUUUCACUGAGGGGGGCUGCUCUUGUGUGCAGUGAGAGCUGUGAGGAGAAGCCAUGGGGUCAGUUCAUACAGUCUAGCUGUAAAAUUUUUCCUGGUGGGAGAGCUGAACCCUAGCAUGAGGCUUUAGCACACUUCUCGCCUCUUCCUGAAGAACCAAGAUCAGGAAAGAGCUGUCCAAAUCCCCCUCCUCUCCCUCUCCCCAGUCAAUCGUAUCUGGCUCUGAAAUGAUGGGGCACACUGAAAGGACUUGUGGUGCAGCCCAUGCUUGAUAGGUCAUUACUGCUUUAAGUAAGAUAUUAACAGCUUUGACUGCAGCAUUAGAGCAAUUUAAAUUGUUAAAAAAAAAAAUUUAAAAGUUCCCUGCGGACAUGUACUUACCAUCAGUUUUGAUGUGGAAACACUGUGAUAUAUAAAUGUUGUUGGACAACAGUAGUUUAAAAAUGAGUGGAAUAUAGAGGGUUAAAAAAGUUAAAAAGAAAAAAAUGGGAAAAAAAGCUAGCUAUAUCCUUAUACUUAUUGGAGACACUUUAACUUUUUCCUUUGUAUUUUCAUUGUAUUAGAUAAAUAAAUGUGAAUGUAAAAUUGUAUAAAUUAAUGUACUUGAAUACUUGUCUGUUCUCCCAGUAUGCUUGCUGGAUAUUUUAGUGCCUUGGACUUCUCUUGCUUCUGCAGUUUAGCAUCGUCUUCCCAGCAGAGCCCAGGUGGGCAGAGGGCAAGUUGAAGGGCAGGAUGUUUGUGCCCAGUGCCCGGGACGUUCCAGGCUCCCGCUUUUGGAGCAGGAGCGUGGAGGGGAGGUCACCGAGGCCGCGGGUCGGAGCAGUUCUGUGUGUGGGGAAACUUGUCCAGGCGGGCAGAGCUGAAGGUGUGGGGUGACAGGGGCCAGGUGGGCUGGGACAGAGGGAUGCAGGUGAAGCUAAAACGAGACUUAACCAAUCUUGGCUCUGGAGGCAGGAGGGCUGGGUCAGAAACAGAGAGGGCAUGGGGAGAACGUGUAUCUUUGGGAAAGGCCAGACUUAAGAUGCAGUUUGACUCCACCUGCGAAGUGGUAAAGAUGUUUGGUCAGGAUGUGACUUGAGGGAGAGGUGCCAUUGCUCGUUGGCAUGGGCUUGUCUGCUGGGAUUGCUUUUCUUACCUUUUUUUUUUUUCUUUUUUCUUUUUUUUUUUCUUUUUUUUUUUUCUUUUUUUUUUUUGGUAAAAUUCAUUUAAGCCAGGAACAGACUGUCCUGGUGCAACGUCCAUUGCCGGCAAUGGAUGUACUUGAAACAGCCGGCAUCAAGAAGUUUCCUCUGUCUGUCUUGGAGGAUUUACAAUUUUGUUCACUCUUAACAAAUUUCAAGCUGGUACCAGGACUGUCAUUGUCUGUCACUUGUCACCUCUUAGUACCUGUACUGUAUCUUCUGCUUUGGUCAUUCUCCCUUUUCGUAUUUAAGAAAUACUGGUUUCCUCUUCAAAGUCAAAAUAAUACCAGCCAGUAUUUCUGUAGUGCUGCAAAAAGCUGUGAAGGAUGAGGGUGCAGCUUUCCUGGUGCUUGGGAGCAGCUCACCAGUGUCCUGGAGGCUGGUGCAUCACAGGGGUGUUUCUUGUCCACGUUUGUUUUAAUCUCAGAGCCUGUUCCCUGCUGGGGCCUUAACAGGGACUUUUUGUGUCUGCAGAUGUUCUCACUCUUCCAUUUUCACAAAGAAACGUGCGAGAUGCUUUGUGCUCCUGUCCUUUGUUUUGCAGCAGGUGUGGCAGCAGGGCAGGCCCGGGCUGGAGAGGAGCAGCUCCGGGAGAGGUUCAGGCACAGGCUGGAGCUCCAGGGGCACACGGGAGGCUCCGGAGGCUCGAGGGGAGCGGGAGAGCAGCGGGCCCGGGGCUGAGGUCAGGCAGGAACCUCUGAAAGGAUGCAUGGGUGCAGGGGAGGCUCUUGAGCACGCCCAGGGAAACAGGAGUGGGACAGAGCUGAGGCAGUAAUGAGUCAAGGGCAAUAUUCAUGGCAGAGAAACUGGUCAGCUGGAUGCAGCACAUGGUUAUUUAAAUUUGAUCUAAUAAGUUUGAGGUCGUUUUUUCACUUAAUGUUAUGCAAGAACUGGUUUUAUUUACCAUUGAUUUUUUUUUUCCUCCCUCCCUCUCCUCCUGUGGAUAAAUAACUGAAGUCUAGAGGAAUAAACUAAUGCUACUGAACUGUUAAAUUAUUUUGUUUAAUAUUACACUUUGAGUAUCUUUUUCCACAUAAAAUCUGUUUCUGAAUUACAAGCGUUUUCUUUACAUUAUUUAACAAUGUACACUGUAAAAAUAAAAAUAAAAAAAAAUAAAAUUAAUUGAAACUUU